CAUCAUUUUGAAUCUGUAGUUCAGCUAACUGUCUCCUGAUUGCUAGCGUUAGCUAGUGUUUAAAAGCCAGCAUUUCAGUGUUCCGUACGUCUUUACGAUGCGGACCAGCUGUUAAGCCAAUACUGCGCCCGGAGCAAUGUAGUGGCUGUGAAGUAAUGUCAGCUCCUCACGACUUCGUUCGUUUACUAUGAGCUCCCUACCAGCCCAGACUCCGGCAUCAAGCUCGUCAUGCAGGACGCUACCGGGAGAAGGGAAUCAGGUGCAACCAAAAGCCCCUCUCCUGCAAAUACUGCGUGUGGCUGGAGCCCAGGAGGAUGUCUUCACGCUCAAAGAGGUGAUGCACUACUUGGGCCAAUACAUCAUGGGGAAGCAACUGUAUGACAAACAGAGGCAGCACAUAGUCCACUGCCAGGAUGAUCCUUUGGGAGAGCUGCUGGAAGUGGAGAGCUUCUCUGUUAAAAACCCGAGCCCAGUGUAUGAAAUGCUGAAGAAGUAUUUGGUUGUUAUUGACUGUGCUGACGCUGCAGAGAAUCUUUCUGUGGGCCGUGAAUGUGUAGAUGGCGGAGUGGAGGAUCGUGGUCAGAUGUGUGGAGGUGUGGUCAAAGCAGGUUUGGAGGCUGGUAGUGAUGGGCCUCUCCUGCAGACCCCCUCCCAGAGACGACCUCGGGAGCCAGAUGAUGACUCUCUUGAAGGUUUGCAACGCUCAGCCUGCAAGCGACCCAAGCUGGAUGUUACUCUGGAUGAGUGGGACCUCUCUGGCUUGCCCUGGUGGUUUCUGGGCAAUCUCCGUAAUAACUACAGCCGCAGGAGCAAUGGCUCCACUGACAUCCACACAAACCAACUGUCUCUUGCACAGGAAGAGGAUACGGCCAUUGUGUCGGACACCACUGACGACCUCUGGUUCCUCACCGAGGGCGAGAGUGAACAGGUGAGUGUGGAGAUGAAAGAGGCUGCUCUGGAAGAAGGCAGCAGAGGAGAAGGAGAGCCUCCACUGGAGGAUGAUGAUGGGGGAAUGAAGGAGGACAAAGCAGAUAGAGAGAUGCAGGAGGAGCCAGAUGAAGACUCUCAGUGUCUGAGUGAUGAUACUGAUACAGAGAUCUCCACACAGGAUGCAUGGCAGUGCACAGAGUGCCGAAAAUACAACAUACCUCUCCAGAGGUACUGUGUUCGGUGCUGGGCUCUAAGGAAGAACUGGUAUAAAGAUGUCCCUCGGCUUGCCCAUUCCCUUUCUGUUCCUGACAUCCCAGCAUGCAGCUCACUCGUUACCCACGAUGAGGAAGAUGACAGCGACACGGGCAUUGAUGUCCCAGAUUGCAGCAGGACGGUUUCUGAUCCUGUCAUCCUCCCUUCACAUUCCACCGCCGAUCGACCGUUGCCAACAAUGGUAACGGGAAAAGGCAAAGGGCCGAGGCCCUCUGGCUUCCACAAAGAUGAGCAGCUCUCUGAAGGAGAGAGUCAAGAGAAUCUGGGCAUGGAGGUUGAGGACGUUAGGCCUGAGGCGCUGCUGGAGCCUUGCAAGCUCUGUCGAGUGCGGCCACGUAACGGAAAUAUUAUACACGGACGUACUGCUCACCUGCUUACCUGUUUUCCAUGUGCAAGGAGGCUACAUAAGUUCCAGGCUCCUUGUCCAGGAUGUGGGAAGAUAAUCCAGAAGGUUAUUAAAAUAUUCAUCCUGUGAAGGGCACACAACCCAUCUGUAAAGUCCUGGGGACCUGACCAAAAAAUCACAAUACAAACUUUUCAACAACAUUCAACCAUACAGCUGCAUGGCUCCUAGUACCAGUCUUUGCUUGUGGACUCAUAAAAUCUCUGCACCUUACUGUCAAAUUUAUAAAGAGACAAAAUAUAGCACUUGGUGAAUCUUGCUCUGUUGCAUGGUUUAUUUGAGUCACACUGCCUCUGAAGUAUUGUUAGACGAAACCUCAGUCUUAACAGUUCACUAUACGAAAUGCUUGUUUUGGUGCCACAUUUAAAUAAGGGACAUACAAAUCCAGAAGUAUUUAUUUAUUUAUUAAAAUGAUCACAUAGGCACACACAGUUUGAGUUUUUAUUUGAUGUUAUGAAGGGUUUCUUUUCUUUGUGUGGUUUUGUGGUUUGUUUGGGUUUUUUGUUGUUGUUGUUUUGGGGUUUUUUUUCUCCUCUAAAAGUUUAUGGCUUUUUUUUCUCUUCAUUAUUUCUUGUAAUUAUUCAUAGUGCAGUUUUUGGGUGCUGAUUUUUAUUUCUGGAAAUUUUUAGGAUGUGCUUCCUGAAGUUUUUCAUUAAUUUACUUUGUCCAUCUGGACAGAAACAGAAUAGAAUAAUAAUUGCAGGUAUGCAAGUACAGGUCUCUUUGAGCUGUCCCUUUUAUUUGUCGUUUCUUCUUUUUUUUUUUUUUUUUUUUUCUUUUUUUUUUUCUUUUUUUUUUUUUUUUGUCUUAAGCCCUCGCUUCUCUUUACAUAACACAGCUCUAAAAUGUAAGUUUUAAAGCAGCUGAAGGAAGAAACAA